UAGUAACUUUAUAUUGGACCCCAAAAGUCCAAUCCAAUGUGGUUUAAUUUUUCCCCAAUAACCUUAUCUCGUCAACCAAACCAACCCCCCCAAGAAAACCAAUAGGUCCAAUUACGUUUCGCGGGUUCAAGCCCAAUUCUCUCUCUCCUCCACCCCCUCCCUCUCUCUCCUCGACGAAGGCGAAACCCUAGAUCUCACCCAGUUGCAGUGGAGCUCAGCAUCUCUCUUCACAUCGUUAUCUGCUUCUGGGUCUCUCUCUUAAUCAAAACUGGCUCUGCUGCCUGACAUCAUUUCUCCUCCUAAGAUGGAGACGCCUACUGAGAACAAUGUUCUAGCCACUGUGGAAACACAAGCCAUUAUGGAAACACCUACCUUCGUGGAAACACCAACCUUUGUGGAAACACCACCUAACAAGCGGAGGAAAAAGAAGUCUGCAGUGUGGGAGCACUUUUACAUCGAAAAUAUGGGUGAUGGAUCCAGAAGGGCAUGCUGUAAGAUAUGUAAGCAAUCUUUUGCAUACAGCAACGGUUCGAAAGUAGCAGGUACAAGCCACCUCAAACGCCACAUUGCCAAGGGGACUUGCCCUGUAGUACUUCGAAACCAGGAGAGGGACCCAUUAUCUCCGUACAGUGCACCAUCAAAGAUGGGUGGAACCGAUCCACCGAAAAGGAGGUACAGAACUCCUUCCUCAUCAGCUUACUAUGGAUUCGAUCCUGACCGUUGCCGCCACGAGAUCGCUCAGAUGAUCAUCAUGCACGAUUACCCGCUUCACAUGGUUGAACAUCCUGGUUUUAUUGCUUUCGCCAAGAAUCUUCAGCCGCGGUUCGAUAUGGUGAGUUUCAACACCAUCCAAGGGGAUUGUGUUGCCACAUACCUUAGGGAAAAGCAAAGCCUUCAGAAGGUGAUUGAAGCAAUCCCCGGACGGCUAUGCCUUACACUUGACUUGUGGACUUCUAGGCAAUCCAUGGGCUAUGUGUUUCUGACUGGACAUUUUAUCGAUCCAGAUUGGAAGUUACACCGGAAAAUUCUCAAUGUUGUGAUGGAACCAUAUCCUGAGUCAGAUUCUGCUUUUGGACACGCCGUUUCGGCUUGCCUUUCUGAUUGGAAUAUGGACGGCAGGUUAUUUUCUCUCACUUUAAACCAACCCUUGAGUGAAGCUGGACUUGAAAAUCUUAGAGCUUUACUUUCUAUCAAGAAUCCACUAAUGCUCAGUGGCCAGUUGUUGGUUGGGAAUUGCCUUGCUCGUACUUUAAGCAGCAUAGCCCAAGAAGCAUUAACGGUAGCGCAUGAAACUGUCAACAAAAUAAGGGAUGCUGUGAAGCACGUGAAGACGUCAGAAUCGAACGAGGAGAGAUUUUUAGAGCUUAAGCAACAACUUCAAGUUCCUAGCACAAAGAGCCUAGCUCUUGACAACCGAAAGCAGUGGAACACAACUUAUGAAAUGUUGGUGGCUGCUUCUGAGUUGAAGGAAGUGUUUUCUUGCUUGGAUACCUCUGAUCCCGAUUAUGAGGAACCGCCGUCUAUGGAAGUAUGGAAGCAAGUAGAAACUCUCUGCGUAUACUUAAAACUCCUUUUUGACACAGCUACUGUUUUGACAGCUCCUGUUAUUCAAACAACAAACUUGUUUUUCCACGAAGCGUGGAAAAUUCAGUUGGAGCUGUCGCGUGGCAUUUCUAGCGAAGAUCCCUUCAUUAGCAACCUCACCAAACCAAUGCAAGAAAAGUUUGAUAAGUAUUGGAAAGAUUGCUGUUUAGUUUUAGCGAUUGCAGUGGUUAUGGACCCCAGGUUCAAGAUGAAGCUCGUUGAAUUUAGUUUCACGAAAAUCUACGGUGAUGAUGCUGCCAAUUAUGUCAAGAUCGUUGAUGAGGGAAUCCAUGAGCUCUUUCUUGAAUAUGUGUCUCUUCCUCUGCCUCUGACCCCUACCUACAUGGAAGUAGCAAAUGGCAUAAACAUUGGCCCUGAGGAUGCCAAUGGAGGAACAUUUCUAUCGAAUGAUGAGCUUGGCCUUACGGAUUUCGACAUGUUUAUAAUGGAGUCGGCAAGUCAGCAGUCAAGGUCGGAGUUGGAUCAAUAUCUGGAGGAGUCUCUGUUACCACGUGUCCAUGAAUUCGAUGUUUUGGGAUGGUGGAAACUAAACAAGACGAAGUACCCUACUCUGUCAAAGAUGGCUCGUGAUAUUUUGACGAUUCCGGUUUGUACCAUCGGUGGAGACUCAGUGUUUGACACGGCGAGGAAAGAGAUGGACAAUUACCGGUGCUCUUUACGACCAGAGACUUUGGAGGCUCUCCUAUGCGCCAAGGAUUGGCUCAAGUGCGAACCGGUUGAAACUUCGAAGUCGCUCGUUAAAGUGGAGUUCCCGAUUUAGUUUGUUUGAUUCUCAACAGGGUUUUUUCUUUCUUUCUUUCUUUCUUUCCCAUUUUAAUGGUAGGUUGAGGUGUUAGUCAUUCCUAGACAUGUAAUUGAUCAUCUUGCAUCCUUGUGCUUAUUAGGUAGAUGUCUUGUUACAGUUAGGGGGACCAUUUUGUAUGAUUCUAUGAGAACAUUGCUAUGCGGAGUCAUUUCAAUCAUAAAGAUGUGGUUUGAAA